GAUUAUUUCACUCUCCCAGCCAGCCGCACAGAGCUGUGAGCAGCAGCUGACAUCUCCGGACUUUCUCUGCUCCUUUGCUUGGCUCUCGGAGGGAUUACACCGCUGGAAGUGCGGGGAUCACAUCUGCUCGUCGCUCCCACAUUGGAGUUGUACCUUUUUUGGAAAGUUGUCUCCCCUGCAGCCCUCUCCCAGACUGCUCUCUGCUGCCUGCAUUGUGUGAUUUGUAGUGGCCGGGGAGGGGAGGGGUGCAGGGAGCUCCUCUGUACAGACAGGUGAUGGGCGGCUCACAGGAGAUCUAGAUCUGCCUCUCUGGGGGACCCGGACAUGCACACCACCCCGAGCCUCUGCUGAGACAACCAUCUGCAAAGAAGAGGGGGGAAGAGGAGAGGCAGCUUGGUGCUGGAGACCCCCCCCCCCUUACCCCCCAAUAAUCCGGUGACAUUUGCUGGGGUGUUGAUCCCCCUCUAAGGGAUGGUACUGACUCCCCCAGACACAGGAGCAGUUCUGCAGCUCCUACAUCAAGACGUUGUUGCAUUGUCAUUCAGUAGUAAGUGCAGCAGAACGCAAUGACGAGCUGGGUUUGGAUUUUGCUUCUAGGCGUCUGCUACCUGUCUCCUUCCCUUGGCGAGGACGCAGAGAUCCCUCAGGAGCUGAUAGAGAAACUGGCUCACAGCGAAAUCCACAGCAUCCGCGACCUGCAGCGCAUCCUGGACAUUGAUUCCGUAGCAGGGAAUGAUGAAUUUUCUGGAGGAAACGUAAAAACCCAGACACACAACUUUUAUCACAACAGACAUGUACAGGAGAAGAGGUCUGCGCCUAUUCGCAGGAAGAGAAGCAUUGAGGAAGCUGUCGCUGCGGCGUGCAAAACAAGGACUGUUAUAUACGAGAUACCUCGUAGCCAAAUAGACCCAACAUCUGCAAACUUUCUGAUAUGGCCGCCCUGUGUGGAGGUGAAACGUUGCACAGGCUGCUGCAAUACUAGCAGUGUUAAAUGCCAGCCAUCAAGGAUACACCACCGGACAGUCAAGGUGGCAAAAGUAGAAUAUGUAAGAAAAAAACCCAAAUUAAAAGAAGUUCUGGUGAGAUUAGAGGAGCACCUGGAAUGCACUUGUACAAAUUCUAAUUCAGAUUAUCGAGAAGAAGAAACUGGAAGGCCUAGGGAAACAGGUAAAAAACGGAAGCGAAAAAAACUAAAGCCUGCCUAAUACCCAGCUGGAAAUAAUUUUUCUCGGCAGAUGUGAGGUGAAAAUAAGCUGGAAGGAAUCAUCUGGGACUUGGAUGUACACACUUUGUUACAUUCCUGAAUCUUCUACGUAUGGUGCUUUUAUAGACUUUUUUUUUGUUUUCUCUUUUUUUUUUUUUUUGUUUCCUUGUGUGGAAAGACAGGAUUAGGAAAAAAGAACAAAAAUAAGAAAAUAAAAAGGUUCAAAGGACACUUUGUGAGAACAAAAGAACAAUGUACAUUUGUUUAUUGUGACAUCAAAGCAAGUAUUGUAGCAUUCUUACACAGAAGAGACACUUCCCCUUGUCAGAAAACUGCUGCAAUCAAACAAAAUGGCAGAUUGGUUGAAAAAAAAAAAAAGGAUAUGUAAAAAACAAAUAACAUAAAACUGAAUACAGACCUGAUAUGAAAGCAGCUGUGCUUUAUGUCUAGCGAUGUGCCUGCUAACACUGAUGAAGAUGGAUGGUCAUUGACAGAAUAGUGGCAAUGAAAAGACCAGGAAUGUAUCAACCGAACUUGUCUACACAGAGACUUGCGACACAAUAAAUCCUUGCUUUGUGAUGUUUAAGUCUUCACAAAAACCUGGGAAGCCUUAAAGGACUUUUUUUGUUGUUAUUUUACUCCGUAGAGUAAUUAUUAUUACAUUGUGGGGGUAAUUUAAUUAAUGCAGCACAGUCAUGGCACUAAGGCUGAGUUCACAUGGGCUUGGAUGCAAAAGCGCAUUCAGCUCCGGCACGUUUUCUGGCGGUGUUCCGUCCGGCUAUCAGAUGCUUCCAGGGGGCCUGCCGGGAAAGUAAGAAAAGUCUAAAGACCUGCAGCAAUUGGUGCAUACAUGAUGCUGCAGAAAAAGGUCUGGGCAAAGCAAUUUAACACAAGUAAAAAAUGCUGAUCAUUGGUAUAUCCUGAGCAGUUUGACUCAAUACACCCUUCUGCCCUGGAUUUUAGGGAGGUUCUCAGCCGGCGUUUGGAUAGCACACUGAGCGCUUUCUUAAAGCCCUUGUGAACAAGGCCUAAAAUAUCACUCGCUUCAAAUUUGGUCUGUUGUUCUUUGUGAUCACCAUUGGUCAUUUUGUAGCAGUGAUCUUCCUAGUGUUGACUUUUGUGUGCGUGUGUGUGUGUGUGUGUGCGCGCGUGUGAAUGUGUGCGUGUUUCUGUAUUCAGUCCUGCCUGCCGAAAAUUAGAAAAAAAACAAUAAAAUAUGUAUAUUUGAUAUAUAGAUAUAUAUAUAUGUAUUUUAUUUAAUGACAUUCAGUUUACCAAGCUAAUUGGAUUUGAAAAGCACUAUGUAAUGCUUCUAAUAUAGCCCUCUUGUCUAGAAACACCUGAUGUGUAUACAAAGAAUGCAAUCGUCUUGUGGGCGCAACCAGUGUUCAAGAGAAGCAGCUUUUAGAAAUGAACUAGCAAGACAGUUUGCAAAAAUAUUGUUCAACACACAAAUUGCUACCACUAUGUGGAGGCAACAGGUACUAUCUGAGAAUUUUUGUUUUAAUCAGUAUUUGUCUGUGGGGUCUCUGUGUUAGGACAGUUGUUAGUGUUUUUCAAGUAAAAAAAGAAAAAAAUAGAAAAUGAUGGCAAAAAAGCUGUAUUUUUAUUUGCGUUGUUUCCUUUAUACACAGCCCCCAAAUUGUCUCUAACGUAUGUUAGGAGGACUUGCCAAGUGCACAUACAUUUUCCUUGCAAACCUUUCAAAUUGUUUCAAAUUGUCUAUGCUCCAGUAUGCUGCUGCAAUAAAUUAUCACCAUUGAUUUUGCCUGCCUUUGUUGCAAAAAGGUAAUUCCCAGGUCAACUUUUUAGGUGAAUCCCCGUAUUUUUUGAUAGUGUGAGUGUUGGCUUGGUCGAGCAACCUUAAGCUCUCUAUACUGUCAUUACAAGAUAAUUGUACGUAUACUUAUGCAACACUCCUUGACAGGCCAAUCGUAUAAACAGAACCUACUCUGCAGAUCUACUAAGGCAAAAAUAAGGAAGGAAAAAAGAAAACAUCAGCAGAUGGAUCAUCAAAAUGCUUUAUUUGCAAAACACAAAAAUUGAACGCAGAAUGGUGCCUGCCAUGAUUUAAAGGGGUGCGUGGGGUUUUAGCUCCCUUGGGGGCCUGUAUUUACCAAUAAAACAUGCUUUUUCUGGUCUCUUCCAAUAUGCCAGUGAAUGGAACAGGCCAUGAGUGGGAUGGCCAUUGAUGAUCUUUGCGGGAGUCCUUCAACAAUGCUUUACUUGGUAAAUGUAAACUGAUAGCUUGUGGUUACCACUUGUAGGACUUUUUUGGUGGCAGGCCUCUUUCAGGAGUUUUCUUCAAGGGAAUAAAAUGUACACAAUAAGCCCCUUCAAGUCUACAAGAAUGAACACACCUUUAAAUGAAAGUACAGCUCAAAUGAUCAUUAUAACCGUGUCCUUGCUUCGACAUAAAGUUUGUGUUUCCUGUUUUGGUAGCUGGUGGAAACAAGAUUCUCCCCUGGUUUAUUAAAAGAAAAAUGUCUGUGUGUUUGUGUGUAUGUAUAUAAAAUAUAUACACAUAUAAACGCAUAUACAUAAUAAAAUGUGUGUACAUAUAUAUUUACAUUCAAAAAUAUAAAUAUAUUAUGAAAAAUGUUUACUGUUUAAAUAUCCCAUUUGAUCCUUUUGAUCUGGCUUAUUUUUAAUGAAUGGAGAGCAAUUACAGAAAAAAAAACAUAAAUACAAAACUGCUAUGACUUUAUAGUAUUUUAGUAUUUCCUCUAGCAGGAUGUAAGCUAAUUGAACCAUACAAAUGAUAGGAAGAGAAAAGGUAUAUCUAGUCCAUCCAGAAAUGUUGUUUCCAAUGUGUCUACAUAAAGAUCUAAAUAAAAUAUUGUAAAUUAAUAAA